AUGGGUAAAACUCAGAAGAAAAAUAGCAAAGGUCGUUUAGAUAGAUACUAUUACCUGGCUAAAGAGAAGGGCUAUCGUGCUCGUUCCUCAUUUAAAAUUAUUCAGAUUAAUGAGAAGUUUGGUCAUUUCCUUGAAAAGUCGAAGGUUGUAAUUGAUUUGUGUGCCGCACCAGGCUCGUGGUGUCAAGUUGCGUCAAACCUUUGCCCUGUUAAUUCAUUGAUUAUUGGUGUAGAUAUUGUUCCCAUGAGACCUAUGCCAAACGUCAUCACUUUUCAAAGUGAUAUCACCACAGAAGACUGCCGUUCCAGAUUGAGGGGAUAUAUGAAAACUUGGAAAGCUGAUACAGUUCUGCAUGACGGUGCUCCUAAUGUUGGUUUAGGAUGGGUACAAGAUGCUUUCACGCAAUCCCAUCUUACCUUACAAGCCCUUAAGUUGGCCGCAGAGAACCUGGUAGUAGGAGGAACUUUCAUUACGAAAGUCUUCAGAUCAAAAGAUUAUAACAAGCUAAUUUGGGUGUUUCAGCAACUGUUCGAGAAGGUAGAAGCUACUAAGCCGCCCGCUUCGAGAAACGUUUCUGCAGAAAUUUUUGUGGUAUGUAAAGGAUUCAAAGCACCCAAAAAGCUAGAUUCGAGAUUACUCGAUCCCAAAGAAGUCUUUGAAGAGUUGCCUGAUGGCCCCCAAAAUAUGGAAGCUAAGGUUUAUAACCCAGAGAAGAAAACCAGAAAGAGAGAAGGUUAUGCUGAAGGUGAUUAUCUGUUGUACCACGACAAACCUAUAAUGGAAUUUGUUAAAAGCGAUGAUCCUAUAACAAUGCUAGGUGAACUGAACAAAUUUACAGUAGAUGAUAGUGAUCAUGAAUGGAAGAUCAUCAAGAAAUUGAAGCAAACCACACCUGAGUUUUUGAUCUGUAUUGAAGAUCUAAAAGUGCUAGGCAAAAAAGACUUCAAAAUGAUUUUACGGUGGAGAAAGGCUGCAAGGGAAUUACUCGGAAUAGAUGAGGAAGAGAAAAGAGAUGAAGUUGAGGUUGCUACAUUAACUGAAGAAGAGCAGAUUCAGAAAGAGUUACAAGAAAUGCAAGAAAAGCAGCGCUUGAAUGAGAAGCGUGAGAAGAGGAGAAAGAACGAAAUGAAACAGAAGGAGCUCACUAGAAUGCAAAUGAAUAUGCUGACCCCUAUGGACAUUGGUGUUGAAUCAGCAGAACUAGGAAGAGAAUCUCUUUUCAAUUUAAAGACUGCAGAGAAAACAGGCAUCCUAAACAAGUUGGCAAAAGGUAAGAGGAGGAUGAUAUUUUCAGAACAUGAACUAGCCGAAGAUAAUGAUGUCCACAUCGAUGACGAUGCCCCGCUUACGGAUCGUGAUCCACUAGCAGAGGCUGAUGAGCUGGAAUCUCAACUUGACGCUAUGUACCAAAACUACAAGGAACAAAAAUCGGAAAGAGACGCCAAAUUCCGUGCAAAACAGGCUAGAGGAGGUGAUAAUGAAGAAGAAUGGCUCGGAAUUUCCGAUAAAGAGAGUGAUUCAGAUGGUGAAGCCGAAAAAGAUCAUAUUAGUGAAGAUGAAAGCGAUGCGGCGGAUUCUGAUGACGAUGAAGCUAUUAAUAAGCUGAUUGCGAAAAUCAAAGGCCAAUCUGGCGACACGAAACUAAGCUCAAAAGCGAGGGCAUUAUUUAGUGAUUCAAUUUUUGAGGGCGUAGAGCCUGACUUCUCGUCGAGUGCUUCAGAAAAGCAACUUUCAGUUGAUAAGACAGAUUCCAAGACAAGUGAAAACGCCGCAAAGGAAUCGAUUGAUGAUGACAGUGAAAUGGAAGUUGACUCUGAAGAAUCUGACUUUGAAAUUGUUGCCAAUGAGGCUGAAGAUGAUGAUGUUGACUCAGACUACGACUCAGAUGAAGAAAGAAGACAGACUCAAAAGGCAAAAUAUGCUGAAGAUAUAGAUAUUGCCACUGUUGAAGCAAUGACGUUGGCUCAUCAAUUGGCGUUGGGGCAGAAAACGAAGCAUGACCUGGUUGAUGAAGGCUUCAAUCGUUAUGCCUUCAGAGAUUCGGAUCAACUUCCAGAGUGGUUCAUAGAGGACGAAAAGAAGCACUCGAAAAUUAACAAGCCCAUAACCAAAGAAGCUGCAAUGGCAAUCAAAGAGAAAUUAAAGGCGCUCAAUGCAAGACCAAUCAAAAAAGUGGCCGAGGCAAAAGCAAGAAAGAAAAUGCGCGCUGUGGCUCGCAUAGAGAAAUUAAAGAAGAAGGCUGGAUUGAUCAAUGACGAUUCUGAUAAAUCUGAAAAAGAUAAGGCAGAUGAAAUCGCUAAACUCAUGAAAAAGGUUACUAAAAAGCAAAAACAGAAGCCGAAGGUAACUGUAGUUGUUGCCACUGGUAAGAAUAGAGGCCUCGCAGGCCGUCCUAAGGGGGUUAAAGGUAAGUAUAAGAUGGUUGACGGUGUUUCUAAAAAUGAGCAACGGGCCUUGAAGCGUAUCGCCAAGAAACAUCAUAAGAAAAAGCACUAA